CAUUUCCAGACUAUUCUUUUUCAGGAGAAAUGGCCAUUGGGGCGUCGAGGAGUACUGUCUCCAGGACCCAGGCGGGCCCCGCCCGACCCCCCACCCCCCGAACGGCAGGCUCCGCCUCACCUCGAGAGCGAGAGCGUUGCAGAGCAUCUGCGCAUGCGCCGUCAUCCCCGUCUCUCGCCUGUGCUCUCAGCUUCACUUCGAAGGCUGUUGUGUCCUCGCUGCUCUCUGCUCUCCUCCUUCCUUCAUUCCCGGGCUGCCCUUCUCUUUUGCGUUCCCCUCCCUUUAAUUUCCGUGUUUCUUCUCAGCACUCAUUUUCCCAAGUUGCACCCGUUUUCUUGUGUCCUGCCUGUCUGCCUUGCCCUCUUUCGGACCCCAUUCCCUUGAUAGUCUGGCUCCAGAGUCAUCUGUAGUUUUUCUGCCUUUGCGGCCCUCUACACCUUCUGUGUACCUCUCCUUCAGGGAUUUCAUUUUUCUCAGGCCGCCCCUCUGUAACGGGCGCCUUCUCUACAUCUCCCUGAAGACCCCCUCUUGUCUUCCCUUCCCAUCCUCGCCGCGUGGUCCCAUUUUCUCUGUGCAUCCGGGGAUAUCGGGAUGCGGAAGAGGCGCGACCUGGCUCCUCCUCUCUUGUUCACUCUCUGACUCCCCCUCUCCUGUCUUUGUGCCCCGCGCCUCAUUUUCUUGCCCCUUUGCAGGGCUCUCCGCUGGUUCUGUCUCCGUGCAAAGUGCCAUCCCAUCAGGUUACCCUUCCUCCCCCUCUGUAGCUUUGUCUGUUGUAGUGGUGGCGUCCCCUCUGACCACCUCAUCAUUGUUCCUUAGGAUUUCAAGUCUUUUCUGCUUGGGUCUCUGUUUGUGCUCACGUUGUUGAGUCCUCUCGUUUUGCACCCCAGGCUGGUGUGUGCAGUCUCCUCUGAUUUCCCCAACCCCUCUGCCAUCCUUUGUCAGCCUUAAUUUCCCUUUCCCAUGUCCCAUCUUUUCUGUGGGCUUUGACUCCUUUGAUUGGCACAGAUUUCGGGGUUACAGACCUGUGUGUCUGUGGCAUUCCAGCCUGAAAAAGGUGACAGAAGUGACUUCCAGCUGGACUGCUGUGCAGGAGAGCUGUUCUAGAUUAACGUUGGAAAGAGUCUUGCUAAGUUGCCCAGUCUGGCCUUGAACUUUUGAUUCUCCUGCUUCAGUCUCCCUUGCAGCUGGGAUUACAUGUAUGUGUCACUACUCCCAGCUAUAUAAACAGUGACCAAGAGUCAGGUGGACAGAAAACUCAGGGACUGACAAGAACCAAACUUGGGACCCAGAUUAAAACUAGUUCCAGACUGACUUCUUGCAUCCAGGACCCAGACACAGAACCAUGAGACCUCAGCAUUUGCGACCUAUGCAGCUGCUCUGCCUCCUAUGGGCCAUCACCUUUUUGCCUCCAGGCGGCGAAACCACUGAGCUAAAUCCCCAGCGGCAUUCUCUUUUGUAGAGGCUGGAGCUCUUUUGUGCUAUGAAGCAACAGCCUCACUCUUCAGAGGAGUUAACUUCCAUUACUGGCGCUGGCUUCUGAUGAGGAGCAUGGUGUGUGAGCUGAGAGAGGGCUGUGAGGAGACACUAGUGCUGAUUGAGACAGGGACCAAUGAGGGAGUUGUGGGUUUCAAAGGCUGCAGCUCAGCCUUAUCUUACUCUCCACAAGUCUCCUACCUUGUUCCUCCACCUGGAGUGUCCAUUGCCUCCUACAGCCGCGUCUGUCGAACCUAUCUCUGCAACAACCUCACCACCCUGCAGCCGUUUGUGAACCUCAAGGCCAACGCUCCUAAGUCUGUACCAUCUUCUUUCCAUAAUUGCCCAUCCUGUGUGGGCGAGCACAGCAAGGAAUGUCUUCCAAAUUUUGUCACCAGAGAGACUUGCCCUAACAGUGCCCUUGCAUGUUAUGGUUCCACCUUAAAAUUUCGGGCAGGGUUACUCAAUACCACUUUCCUCCUCCUGGGCUGUGCUCCUGACUCUGUAAAGCUUUUAGCAAAUUUUCAGCAUAUUGGAAGCAUCCGAGUAACUGAGGUCCUAAACGUCCUAGAGAAGUCCCAGAUUGUUGGUGCAGGGCCCUCCAGUCGAGGUUCUUCUUGGGGCAUCCUCUUAGGUCUCCAGGUUGUCUUCAGGGACUGAUAUCCACCUGGACUAGACAAACACUCAGACUUUGUCACAUAACCAAAUAAAG